AUGUCGUUGGAUCCAUCGACAGGUUUCACCUGUGUUGCUUGCCAUCUCGUUUUUAAAACAGCCGAGCUUCAACGUGAUCACUACAGGACAGAUUGGCAUCGAUACAAUUUGAAAAGACAAGUUAGUGAACUACCUCCGGUCACAGCGGAACAGUUUCGUGAAAAGGUCUUAACAUACAGGAACGAACAAGAGGUAUUGAAAAAGGAGGAAGAAGACACAGCUGCAUUGUACUGCGCCACUUGUCGAAAGAAGUUGAAAUCACGAAAUGCAUUGGCAGAUCAUAUGGCUAGCAAAAAGCAUAAGGAAAUGGAAACGAGGGCACCGAAAGGUCCCAGACAACCUAGGAAGCUAACAAAGCUUCAGAAAGAAUCACAGCAGCCUAUUCCUUCGUCUGAAGCCGAAGAACGAGAUGAACAUAUGGAAGAUGUGGAGGACGAGGACGAGGAUGACAGCAGCUCAGGAUGGGUAACAGACCAUGGUUCGGAAGAAGAAGAUGAAGAGCUCGACUUCGACGAAAGCCAGGCAAUUCCUAUCACUUCCUGCUUGUUCUGUCCUCAGUCGACGCCUUCAAAAGACGAAGCAGCAGAGCACAUGAGAUUUCAUCACGGAUUUGUUCUACCUGAUAGGAAGUAUUUGGUUGAUGAAGAGGGUAUGCUUAAAUAUUUAGGACUAAAAGUAGGAGCUGGGCGUUGUUGCAUCUUCUGUCCAGAUAUUCGGAGUCGCUUUGCGACCACGACUGCAUGUCAAGCACAUAUGCGUGAUAAGCAGCACUGUAAAGUUAAUCGUGAACCUGAAGGCAUGUUGGAGUUUGCUGAAUACUACGAUUACAGUCCGAUGUACGAGAAUGACAAGGACGGUGCUUCAUCGGAUUCAUUUUACGAUGAUGGGUGGACUUUAACGCUUCCAUCUGGUAAGUUCCAGCACUUUUUGAUUGCACAUAUCAGAUUUCAACCAUUUUGA